GAGCAGGUGGAGCAGGUGGAGCAGGUGGAGCGGGAGCAGGUGGAGCUGCUCUCCCUGCUGCUGGCGCCCGUCACUCGGAUACACGGAUACCUGAGCCACAUCCAGAACCUGCUGCAGUGGACGGGGAAGGAGCACCCGGACUCCAGCCUGCUGCUGGGAACUGAGCGAGCGCUGAGGAGCGUUCUGUCCCGCUGCCACGAGAUCCUGCAGCAAGACGUCCGAUGGGAGGAGGAAGGUCAAAGCAGAUGCUCUGAUGCAGAGGCCGGAGGAUCCUCUGCAGGGUGCUGCACAAGGAGCCUGCAGAACAGAGAGUGCAGCUCUGCAGCGCACAGCCGGCUGCCGGCCUCACUAACAGAGCCCCAGGGGGUCACUCGAUGCGCCUGGAGUGCUGGUCCUGCAGCCCGGUGAGGAGGACGGGCGGGGGGAGAGACUGGACCCUCCUCACUCAGCCGGCCCGGGACUGUGGACACGCCUGCUGUUCCCUCCUCACCCCCGACGCCGCAGCCUGGGGGGAGAACAGCGACUCGGGUCAGGGCACCUACAGCCAGCUCACCGGGAAGGGCACCAACGGGCUGGAGGCCGCACACACCCACCCCAGCUUGGAGGACGGAGAGACGGACCCGGACGACACCUCGGCCUUCGACUACUCCUCCGUAACCUCCGGCAGCCCUGACGGCACCCUGCGGGGGGAGCAGCUGGACAGCGGGGAGGAGGAGGACAGCCAAGAGCCGGUGCUGCUGAAGCCGUCGUACAGCCAGCAGAGGGAGGCCCCCAGAGAGAGGACUGUGUGUCUGAGGUGGCAGAUCCCCAGACUAACCCCUCACCCCCCGCUGAGGAGCCCCGCGGGCCCGACGCCCUGCCUCGUCCGCUCCUACGGGAAGAAGCUGGUCAGUGUCCGGAAGGGCUCGCCCCCCCUGCACCCGAAGAGUGCCUUCAGGCCCAUCUGGGACGACCCAUCCAAACAGCAGGCGGAUGCCGCUCCGGAGAAAGACAACAGAGGCUUCAUCCCGAUUCAAACUCCAGCGAGGAAAAACUUUCACAACUUCAACCCGAGCAGACAAAACCUGAGACUGGGCCCGGCGCCGCAGAGAGGAAACCCUGCAGCGGCCCACAGCGGGGGGGAACUGUGGGAGGACAGCGAGGACAGCGAGGGGCCUUGCAGCACCGUGUGACACAUCGUGCGCACAGAUUUACACAAG